UUGAAAUGAAUUUGAUAAACCGGCUGUGAUCUUAACAUUUAUUGCGUAUACAAAAUAUAUUUUUUAUGUGAGUUGUACAAACACAUGCGGAUAUAAUGUUUUGAGUGUUAGAUUGUAGUGCAAACGGAAUGAGGAAACAUAAUUUGGUUUACAACGGACAUAUUUUCCUUAAACUUUAACCUCAAUUGUGAUACAAGAAACAAAAAAGGACAGAGAAUAGAUAAGUUAAGAUAUAUAUUAAUAUUGAAUAUGACAAACAAAAAGUAAAAUACAAAACAAUGCGACAAAAAUUAUAUGAGCCGUGCCAUGAGAAAAUCAACAUAUAUCUUAUGCAGAUUUACAAUCUGACAUGAAACUCAAAGCAGAGGAAACUGAAAAUAAAUUGAGGUUGUGUAUCAGGUGGAUUUAAAAACUAGAUUUUGAAAAAUAAAUUGAUCUUUUGGAUUUUGAGGACAUAUUCAAUUAAGACUCUGAAAGGAGAUAGCUUGUAGACAUACUUCUGCUGAAAAUGCGUAUUGUUAUGAAUAUUAAUUUCUUUCCAAAAUGAGAAGAAACUUGACUUUUGUAUGUGGGUUACUGUUGUUGCUGACUGUUACAUCAAGUAUUCUCUUUCUAUACUCAAACGAUCAAGUGAUUUAUACAGUAAAGUCUGAAAUCAACCACAAUGGAAUCUUGGUGAACUUAUCAGACAAGAAAAUGAAUACAUCGGAACCGAAUGUUGAUUUAACGAUUACCAUGUCAAACUCUGUUAAAUGUCCCGGAUUGAAUGUGACAGUGCAUCUCGAGAGUGUAGAUCACUGGCAAUCUCUUAACAGAGAUAAACAUGCAUUCGUAUUUUCAGCAUAUUUAGUUUACGAGAUCAAGAAAAUAGUGAUCAUAGGAAUGAAGAUUAGAUACUCAUCAUUACACUUUUGUCAAUUAUGGUACAAGAAUGCAAAAAAUCAACCUACCUUAUCAGAAGAAAUUCUGGCCAAAUUGACGCUGCUUCCAGAAGGUCAUGGCCAGCCAUACUCAGCGGUACUGUUUGAGUGCUCACUAGAUUCCAGUUUAAAAUCACUCCCCUCAUAUGUCUCACUGGUAACAAACAACUGUACAACGCCUUCGAACCUUCUCUUAAUUCAUCAUGUGAGCAAACCGGAAGUAGUUAUGCAGAACUUUACGGUGUGUCUGCCUCCGCUGCAUGAUUAUUCCAGCGUUUAUGAAUUGGUGGAAUGGAUCGAGCUUAACAAGAUUCUCGGAGCAGAAAAGUUCAUUGUGUACAACUAUUCAUCCAACGUCAAUGUGCAACACGUUCUUGAUUUUUAUUCAAAGAAAGGUAUUACGACAAUUAUACAAUGGCAGCUCCCGAAAGAAAGGGAAUCGAAUUCAGUUGAAAGCAAACCAGUUGGCGUACAUUACUUCGGUCAAGUCGCUGCUCUCAACGACUGUUUGUUUAGAAACAAAUACAACUCGGAGUUUAUUGUAAACCUUGAUCUUGAUGAGUUUAUUAUUCCACACGCGGAAAAUGUGACAUCGUGGAUAGAGAUACUGGAGACCUUGAAACACGAUGCCCCGUCAUACAUCUUUCGAAACACAUUUUUCAAAAAAGAAUGGGAUAAUGCCGAGAUAGAAAUUCCUAAUAAAACUUUGGCUGAUAAAUAUCACUUAGUUACACUUCAGAAAGUCCAACACGAAAAGAAGAUAUAUACGACUGGGCAACGAUCCAAAUACUUAGUACGAACUUCACAAGUUUCUCGAAUCAUGAUACAUACAGCCUCCGGUGUAUAUAAUAUGCCAGUGCCAACAGAUGUAGCUCUUCUCCAUCAUUACAGAGACUGGGGAUCAAAGAACGAUCCUGCACAUGUUAAAGUUUUAGAUAAAACUGUACCACUUAAAUUUGGUAAUGAAUUAAUAGAAAACGUUCGAAAAGUGUGGUCUGAACUCAAUGAAACUAUUGGAAAAUAAUAUAAAAAGUCAGAACUUCCGUCAUAACCAAGAGAAAGGUUAAAGGUAAAAUAUGUAAAACGUUUAAUAACGUGAAUGAGACAGCAGUUUGUUCUACUUUGUGCUAUUUUGAUUUAAAUUUAUAAACUACUCGUAAUAUUGUUGCAGAAGACAAUACACUUUUUUAUACGACCAGCCAUAAAUUUAAAGGUAUAUUUUAUUUACCAUCGCUUUUUAUACGCCCGAUUGAAAAACGGGACGUAUUAUGGGAACGCCCCUGUCGGGCGGAUGGGCGGGCGGGCGGCGUCCACAGACAUUAUCCGGAGCAUAUCGUCUUCAUGCAUUGAAGGAUUUUACUGAAGCUUGGCACAGUUGUUCACCAUUAUGAGAUGGAGUGUCAUAAGCAAGAACCAGGUCCCUAUGUCUAAGGUCAAGGUCACACUUAGAGGUCAAAUGUCAAAUACAAGAAUGAUAUUGCCCCGAGAAUAUCUUCUUCAUGCAUGGAGGGACUUUGAUGAAACUUGGCAUAAUUGUUCGACAUCAUGAGACGGAGUGUCAAGUGAAAAUACCAGGUCCCUAGGUCUAAUGUCAAGGUCACGCUUAGAGAUCAAAGGUCAAAUUCACGAACGACAUUGUCCGGAGUAUAUCUUCUUCAUGCAUAGAGGGAUUUUAAUGAAACUUUGCACAGUUAUUCACCAAUAUGAGACGGAGUGUCUUGCACAAGAACCAGGUCCCUAGGUCUAAGGUCAAGGUCACACUUAGAAGUCAAACGAUACAAGAAUGAAAACUUUGUCCGGAGCAUUUCUUCCUCAUGCAUGGAGGAAUUUGAUAUAACUUGGCACAAAUGUUAACCACCACGAGACGGAGUGUCACGCGCAAGAACCAGGUCCCUAGGUCUAAGGUCAAGGUCACACUUACAGGCCAAAUGUCAGAUACAAGAAUGACUUUGUCUGAAGCAUUUCUUCUUCAUGCAUGGAGAGAUUUAGAUGUAACUUGGCAUAAUUGUACACCAUCAUGAGACGAAGUGUCAUGCGCAGGUCCUUUCUUUAGAAUUACUUCCCUUGUUUGUUUCUAUUAAUAUCUUAUAUUGUAACUUUUUCAAUACUAGUCGUAGGGAAAAAUCGAGACCACUUUUCUGUAAUACAACAUGCAUGUUUAAUUCAGUUCUGAGGUGUAUUUUGACCUAUCACUACCUGGUUAGGAUUUUUUGUGGACUUACUUUUUUUUUUUUUUUUUUUUUUUUUUGUUUUUUUUUUUUUGGGGGGGGGGGGGUGUUUAUAAUUAACCGUAGCGAAAAACCAAGACCACUUUUCUGUGUUACAACAUAGAUGUUACUUUCAAAUUUUAGGUGUACUUUAAGGUAUCUCUACCUGGUAAGGAGUUUUUAUAUGGAUUUAGAAAAACAAAAGAAUUACAAUAAUUACUAAACAACCACAAAAUUAAAAUUCUAUUUGCAAAUGCAGGUGCUAGAGUAAAGAAAUUUGCUGUGACGGGCGUAUAUUUUGACAUUCUGCCACUCUUUUUGAAACAAUGAAUAAAAGCUCUGUAGAGCUUUUCAGCGACCUUUUUUUUAAAAAACAAUUAAAACAGUAAGACUCCGGCAAUUUGUUGGUACCAAAUUACAGCUGGUUCGAUUGAGGCAAUCGUGAUAAAAUGACCUGCAUAGGGGACUCACCGCAAUGGAAGUAGCCAGGAAUCGAACCCGGGGCUUCACUUCCAUAGUAAAGCGUCUUAGCCCUCUCAACCGAAGCGUCCACUUACUGAAGGUCAUUAAAAACUGAUGCAGCUUACAUCAAAUAAAGUUAGUCUUAAUUAAGAACAGGUACGUAGGUACACUGGACAGAACGUAGCUGCAGUCCUGAACGAGUUGAAUAAAGUGAUAUGAUUCUAACCUCUGUUUCCAGCAAGCAAGCAAUUCCUAAGAGCAAUUAGGCCGUUUAAUGUUGGGCUUUAAAAAUUUCAGAUCUAGAAAUUUGAACUGGAACCAGACACUCAUACACGUAUAUGGAACCAGCCACUAUUAGACUAUAUGUAAUUAUUUGGUAUUGUAUAUACAAUAAAUACCUAAAUGAAAUAUAAGAUGUUCCACGGAAGCAUAGAAAGCAACAAGGCAAUAUAAAAGACUUGGUCUUUGGAAUCUAGAUUAUUCAUGAGAGAUAAAGAAACUUGCAACACCCUCUUGCAUUCACAUAUUUACUCAAAACUUUAUAUACAUAAAAAUAUGCUACUAAAAUCAAUAUAUAUAAAAUCACCAAAAACAAACCCAAAACUGUUUUUGGAUAGAUGGCAACUUUGAAAGCCUCUGCUCAAGUCUUUACAAUCAAAAUUCUUAUAUUUGUCAGAACUACCUCUGUGCAAAUUUUAUGCUUAAAUUGAAUCUGGUUACACAUUUCAUUAAAGAAUGGAACAGACUAUAUACAUCUGCUCGGAAUAAAUAUGGUAUACUUAGGUUCUUUUCUUUGCUAGAAUUUCAUAUUUGAGUUUCUAUAUGUAAGCCGGUAACGUUUCUUUGUAUCAGAACUAAUUAUCAGAAUGACUACAAAAUCAGGAAAAAAAUUUUGUUUCCGUAGUAGUUUGUUCGAUUUCUUGUUAUUACUCAGAUUUGUUGCUGCGCUUUUUUGUCAAAUGUCAAAUACCUCUCUCUCUGUAUGCCAAUAUCACAAUGCACACCAACACUGCAUAUUAAACUUUUCUACGAUUUGUAUACAAAGCCGAAGUACCGUUUGUGUCCAUUAAUACCUAUAAACUACUAUAUUUAGAUCAGAGGGAAGUAACCAACGAGGCCUCUGAUUGGUUGAAAAAGUAUAUGGCACUCUGCAGUGUAUAUCUACCCUGUAAAGUGAUCUCCCAUUGGUGCAAAAUAUGUUAGAUGUGUUUGAAAACUAUCUUAUUUCAUAAAAUUAAACUGUAAUCCAUGAUUACUGGCUAAAAUAAUAUAAAAUGAUGCAUUGUGUGCGAGAAAUAUGUAUGUUCUAUCAGUUGGGCAUUUUUAAGAAAAAUAUUUUUAAAAAUCACUGCCAGACUAUGGGUAACCGAGUUCAAAGAGAAAAAGGUGCCCAAAAUGGAUGGUCAACAUAUAUAUUUCCUGCAGUUUUUCGAUAGUUCUUGAAUAGUUCUUUCAACCUGAGUAGGUGGCAUCAAAAGUUUAAAUGUUAGGAAAGUCCCAUUACCGGAAACAUUACAAUGUGGGCCUAUGGAAAUUUAGCUGUUUCCCUAUGACCAUAAACAGAACUAGUUUAGUUUAGUUUAUACGUAGUUCUGCGCGAAAUGUGUUUUUAUUGCUGAACUUGAUUAAACACUGACUUUAUUACAUUUUAAAAUAUUUUAAGAAAUUCCAGCAAAUAAAAAAGUUAGGGUCUUGUGUUUGAUUUUUGCCAGACUGAUUAAGAAAGGAAAUUCAACAAAAUUUUCAUAACGGCCGUCUAUAGGUCAUCACAGUGUUGGUAUUAUUUCUCUACAACGUACAAUUUAAUGCUAUGAUCUCUUACAAGUCGGUCAAUAGCUAUUCAUAGCUAAUGUUGAUUUGUUUUGUGCCAUACCGACAAUAAAUAAAAUUUGUAUUGUA